AUGUUGGACUCUACGGUGCCUAGGAAGCAGUGGUGGAAGAUUCAGUGGUAUGCUGAUGAUGACACGCCUGAGGAGCGAAAGUUCAUCAUCAAACUCGACCUUAUCGUGGUGCCCUAUGCUGUUCUCGCCUACUGGGUCAAGUACAUUGACCAGGCAAACCUGAACAAUGCCUACGUCGCCGGUAUGAAGGAGGACCUGAACUUUUACGGUAACGAGCUGGUCCAGCUGCAGACCAUGUACACCGUGGGAGCAGUCGUAGGCAUGCUGCCGUUUAUGUUCCUCUUCACAUACAUCCCCAUGUAUUGGACCAUUCCCUUCAUGGAUAUCAUGUGGGGAGUUUUCACGCUUCUGCAGUAUCGCACACACUCAUUUGCCGAGGCUGCUGCGUAUAGAUUCAUGGUUGGCUUCUUUGAGGCUGCCUUCUUCCCGGCCAUGCACUACGUUUUCGGUUCUUGGUAUCGCGGCCACGAAAUCGCACGACGUGGCGGCAUCUUCUAUGUCGGCCUCAACCUCGGUACUCUAACCGCCGGCCUAGUCGCAUCCGGAGCCUCCCACCGACUCGAGGGCGUCAACGGUUUAGCCGGCUGGCGAUGGAUGUACAUCAUCUGUGCCCUAAUUACCUUUCCCGUUGGCAUACUCGGCUACUUUCUCCUUCCUGGCACCAUCGACCAGCCGAACCGUUGGAUCCUCAACGACAAGGAUAUUGAGAUUGCUAAGCGACGACUUGAGAGUAGUGGCCAUGUUACGCAUGGUACUUUCAAGGUUGGACAUUUGAAAAAGAUCUUUUUGAGUCCUCAGUUUUGGACUGUUAUUCUCGUCGAUGUUCUCUUUUGGAAUGCUGGAAUCCAUAAGAGUACAGGAAGCUUUCUCCUAUGGAUCAAGAGUCUGAACAAGUACAGCCCGGCCAAGGUCAACGAGCUAGGUACCAUCGCACCAGCCUUGGGUAUCCUGUAUAACCUCGUCGCCUGCUUUGCUUCUGAUCUCAUCCUUGGACCUGCCUGGGCAAUGACCGUGGCCUCGACAAUUAACGCCAUCGGCUUGAUCAUGUUGGUCGUUUGGAACAUCCCCGAGGCAGCCAAGUGGUUUGCCUUUUCAACCAUGUACUGGUCGAACGCUUUAUCCAGCGUUUUCCAUGGAUGGGUGAAUACCUUGCUUCGCGACUCUCCAGAAGAACGGUCGUUUACUCUCGUCUUGAUCACUAUUAUUGCGCAGUCUUCAACGGCUUGGACUCCAUUGCUUACCUUUCCGACUGUUGAAGCACCUUCAUAUCCAAAGGGCUUUUCGUUCUGUCUUGGCUGUGCGUUGGCACUUAUUGCUUCGACUCAUGUUUUGAACCAGUAUAUCAAGCGCAAAGAGGCAAAGAAAAAGAUCGGAACAAGGGAUGAGGAGGAAACGAGAGGAAAUACUCCAGUGCAGAAUGAAGAAGCUUCGGAUGAUACAGAUUCUGGCAAGGAUGCGGGUUCAAAGGUCUAUGCGACAGCUGUUGGCCCGUCGCGCAGUUGA